AUGUAUCAUUUCGCGAUCGAUAGAGGUGGAACUUUUACAGAUGUGAUUGUCAAAUUGCCAACAGGAGAGCUCAAAGUGCUCAAGCUUUUGUCCGUGAACCCUGAAUACCCAGAUGCCCCCCGCGAAGCAAUCCGCCGAGUUCUCAACUCUCCAAAAGGUCAACCCAUCGACCACUCUCAAAUCGGCUCGAUCAGAAUGGGUACCACCGUCGCCACGAAUGCUCUUCUUGAGCGAAAAGGAACUCCUACCGGACUCGUCAUUACGAAGGGAUUCAAAGAUGUGGUCGACAUUGGCACUCAAGAUCGACCGGAUAUUUUUGACAUCAAGGCUGCUAGGGCAAAACCGCUUUAUGAUGAAGUUGUGGAGAUUGAAGAGAGGGUGAUUCCAGUUAGAGAAGACUGCAAGAUGGUCAAAGAUAGAACUCAAGAAAUUACAGCAUCGACCGGCGAAAAAUACAUCGUUACUUUAAAAAUCUCCGAAGCAGAUGUUCGCCAAAAACUCAAAUCCCUCCUCGACAAGAACAUCAAAUCCCUCGCUGUCGUCCUCUGCCACGGUUAUGCUUUUCACGAUCAUGAGCUCUUAAUUGAAAAAGUCGCGACCGACCUAGGUUUCGAGCACAUUGCCGUGUCUCACAAAGUCAUGCCGAUGGUGAAAAUGGUUCCAAGGGGACAAACAACAGUUGUUGAUGCUUAUUUGACGCCGACAAUCAAUACUUAUGUUCGAAACUUCCGAUCUGGUUUUGCUGAUUCUGACAGCCUCAACAAGAAGAUUUUGUUCAUGAGAUCAGAUGGCGGCCUUACUCCAGUAGAAUCAUUCUUCGGUUCGAGAGCGGUCUUAUCGGGUCCAGCAGGUGGCGUGAGAGGAUACGCCGCGGCGACGUAUGAAAGAUUGGAAGAGAAAGCGCCUUGUAUUGGAUUUGACAUGGGUGGAACAUCAACAGACGUUUCUAGGUGGGAUGGACAGGCAGAAAUCGUCUACGAAGGGAAGGCAGCACAAGUGCAGUUGCAAGUUCCUCAGCUCGAUAUUCAAACUGUCGCUGCUGGUGGAGGGAGUAUUCUGACCUUCCGAGGCGGACUGCUCCAAGUUGGCCCCGAAUCUGCCUCCGCUUUUCCCGGGCCUGCGUGUUAUAGACGUGGGGGACCAGCGACAGUUACAGAUGCUAAUCUUGUUCUUGGACGGAUCCAGCCAGACUUUUUCCCGAAGAUUUUUGGCCCGACGGAAGACCAGCCAUUGGAUAAAGAAGCCUCGCUGAAAGUCCUUCAAGAACUUGCAGACAGAGUCAACCAAGCAGAAGGAACAAACAAGAAUGUGUUCGAAAUUGCAGAAGGAUUCAUCCGAGUGGCAAAUGAAGCAAUGUGCCGCCCGAUCCGAAAUUUGACUCAGGCGAGAGGCUUUGAUUGUCGCACCCAUGUUCUUUCUUGCUUCGGCGGCGCGGGAGGACAGCAUGCCUGCGCCAUCGCAAAGUCGUUGAAGAUAAAGACGAUUUCAUUGCAUAAAUACGCCGGAAUUCUCUCUGCUUUCGGCAUUUCAACAUCCCCGAUUGUCGUAGAAAAGCAAGAGCCAGCCGGAUCUAGAAUCAUGGACGAAGCAACGCUGAAAUCGAUCAAUUCGAAUCUUGAAAAACUCGCUGAAUCCUGCAAGGAAAAAUUGAAGCUGAAGGAAUUCAAGGAAGACCAAAUCGUUAUCGAAAAGUUCUUGCGAUUGAGAUACCGUGGAACUGACUUCCCCCUCAUGAUUUCCGAAAAAGACCUUUCUGGAACAAGAUCAAGUGAUGAUUGGACAAAGACUUUCACAGAAAAGUACACGAAAGAAUUUGGUUUUCAUUUGAAAGAUCGGGAAAUUUUCAUUGAUGAUUUGCGAGUCCGAGCUGAAGCAAGAACCGGCGCUUUUUCAGAAUCGAGAAAGAGAAGUUCUGGAACGGCGGAUUUCAUAGGCAAAGCGGAACUGUUUCUUGAUGGUCAUUUGAAGAAGGUAAAAAUCUACGAUCUUCAAGAACUCCCAGCUGGUUCCUCCGUCCCUGGCCCUGCUAUCAUCCUUUGUGGAACCUCGACCGCGAUCAUCGAGCCAUCUUGGACGGUGAAAAUUGACGCUUUUGGCGACAUCUUCAUGCAUUUUUCGGAAACUGAAGUCAACAGCAAAAUCAUCGAAGAAAAAGUCGCCGAUCCGGUUCUCCUCUCGAUCUUUGGUCACCGAUUCAUGUCAAUCGCCGAGCAAAUGGGUCGAGUGCUCCAGAGAACUGCGAUUUCUACGAAUAUAAAAGAGCGUCUUGACUUUUCUUGCGCUCUUUUUGGCCCAGACGGAGGCUUGGUGUCGAAUGCUCCUCACAUUCCUGUUCACUUGGGAGCGAUGCAACAAGCAGUUCAAUUUCAAUUUUCUGUUCAAAAAUCUCUCGUCCCCGGAGAUGUCAUUCUUUCAAAUCACCCCGAAGCAGGAGGAAGUCAUUUGCCAGAUUUGACGGUUAUCACUCCAGUUUUCAUCGAUUCGGAUCACAAGCCAAGCUUUUUCAUUGCCAACAGAGGUCACCAUGCUGAUAUUGGUGGCUUGACGCCAGGUUCUAUGCCGCCAAUGUCAACGAGUAUUAAUGAAGAAGGCGCGAUUUUUAGGUCCUUCAAAAUCGUCUCGGCCGGCAACUUCCAAGAGUCAGCCCUGAUCGCCCAUCUCAACGAGCCAGCAAAACACCCAGGCUGUACUGGAACACGAAAUCUAUCCGACAAUCUUGCCGACCUUCACGCUCAAAUUGCCGCCAAUGUCCGUGGCAGUCAACUCGUCAAGGAGCUCAUCGAAGAAUACUCUUUUCCGAGAGUGUUGAAGUACAUGAAUUGGAUUCAAGCAGCGGCGGAAGAUUCUGUAAGAGAUUUGCUGAGGAAAAGUGUGGAGAGGAUAGGAGCGAAGGUUUUUGAGGCAGAGGAUUUUAUGGAUGAUGGAACAAGAAUUUCCUUGAAAAUUUCCGUUGAUCCCGAUUCAGGCGACUCGAUCUUCGAUUUCACCGAUUCCGACCCGGAAGUCUACGGAAACCUUAAUGCCCCCCGCGCCGUCACCUAUUCUGCCGUCAUCUACUGCCUCCGUUGCCUCAUCGGCUACGACGUUCCUCUCAACCAAGGCUGCCUGAACCCAGUUCAAAUCAAGCUCAAAAAAGGCACAAUUCUUUCUCCCUCGGAAACUUCUGCUGUUGUUGGCGGAAACGUCCUCACAAGCCAAAGAGUCGUAGACGUUGUCCUCAAAGCGUUCAAAGCAGCGGCGGCCAGCAGCGGAUGUAUGAACAACUUUUGCUUUGGAGAUGGAAAUGUUGGUUAUUAUGAGACAAUUUGUGGCGGAGCAGGCGCCGGUCCGGGCUGGACUGGCACUUCAGCGGUCCAUACUCAUAUGACCAACACGAGGAUAACGGAUCCGGAGAUCAUGGAGAAUCGAUACGCGGUUAUUCUUGAAGAGUUUUCUAUCCGAACCGAAUCUGGUGGCGCUGGAAAAUUCAAAGGAGGCGAUGGCGUCAUUCGAAAAGUCCGAUUCAGAAAACCUAUGGACGCAUCGCUUCUCACAGAGCGCCGAGUGAAUACCCCGUAUGGCCUCAACGGCGGCCUUCCUGGCUCCAAAGGCAACAAUCUUAUCCACAAAGCCUCGACGAAUACGAUCAUGCGCCUUGCUCCCCGUUGUCAACUAUCUUUGGAGACAAACGACACGAUUGAGCUUCAAACUCCCGGAGGCGGCGGCUACGGAGCUCUAGAAAAGCUCAAAAGCGAAAAACGACUUGCAGAAAAUCAACCCAGAAGACGAUCGAAGCGGGUUAAAAAGUAA